AUGAACUAUCCCAUGAUUCCACCCGCCUCGGUCGGUGCUCGUAAGACGUUUCUGGCGCGUGUGCUGACGGACGGGUCGUAUUUGGAUCCGGAGACGAAGCGUCUCCAGGAGAAGGCAUUGAAUCGAAAGCCCGAUGAGAUGCCCGAGAGCCCCUUUAACAAUGAGGCUAUGAUGGAAAAUAUGAUGGAGCAGGCGAAGAGGAGCCUGCUGAUGAUGGUGCCGCAGACGAUGAUUAUGGGUUGGGUCAACUUCUUCUUCACUGGCUUUGUCCUAAUUCGUUUGCCAUUCCCGCUGACGCAGCGAUUCAAGGUGAUGCUCCAGCGCGAUAUCGAUACGGCUGAUCUCGACGUGGCAUGGGUAUCGUCACUAAGCUGGUAUUUCUUGAAUCUGUACGGUCUCGAUGCGAUCUACCGCCUAGUCAUGGGUAAUACGCGCGCGGCUGAUUCCAUGCGUGAUGUGGCUGCGUUUGGUGGUGGUGCCGCGCUCUUGAACAACCAGCAGAUGCCCGGUCAGCAAGUAGAUCACGCAAAGCUACAUGUCGCUGAGCGUGAAAGUCUUAAGCUGAUCGGCGCUGUGAAUGUAAAGGGUGUCAAAUGGGUUGGUGACGGCAUCGAGGCGCGUGUCCUUGGUCUGUAUGGCCAAUCGUAG